AUGCCUACCAGCGAGCAAGCCACUGCUAUUUUUGAGCCUUCCGAGCAGCGGAAUGCGGCGGCUUUCUUUGAGAAUAUUGCUGAUAAUGUCGAUUGGAAGGUGAAAGGUAUUCCAAAUGGUUGGAAAGAUACAUCGAAAAUUCGUGUGUCAUUACUACGAUUCAACGAGCCACCGAUUGAAAACCUACCGUUUCCAUCUUACCCUGUACCACAAGCAAAAUAUCAAAAGCUGUUCCUACGGCUCAGCAACUCACUCACUGAGCAGAAAGCCCUGCUGGCUUCUCAGAUGUCCUACCAAUCCAACUACAUCCAGACCCAGACAGAUGACAACAUAGGUUUUGCAAAUAGUUGA